GCAUCAGCACAACAACACAAACACGUCGAAGACAAAGAACACAGAAGAAGGGGAUACACUUGAACUAAAGCUGCGGCUUAUUUCUCCCGCUAUUGUUUUUUAAAUAUAUAUAUAUAUAUUCUUACUGUGAGGAUGCCGUUUCUUGGUCAGGACUGGAGGUCGCCGGGUCAGAGUUGGGUUAAAACCGAGGAGGGAUGGAAAAAGACAACAACAGACGAGACAAACAACAACGUCUCCGUCGAGAGCUUCUGCAAAGUCAAACAGGAGGAAUGUUUCAACAAGGAGAACUUGCUGCUUUCUUUCAACUAUGACAUGGGUGCCAAGAAGAGGAAAAAAGACCUGAUGAACAACAACACUAAGGUUCCCUAUUUCUACAGGGAAAAGUGGAUUUAUGUUCAUAAAGGAAGCACCAAGGAGCGCCACGGAUAUUGUACACUGGGUGAAGCCUUCAACCGUUUAGAUUUCUGCAGUGCCAUCAAGGAUACGAGGAGAUUUAAUUACGUCGUCAGACUUCUGGAGCUUAUAGCCAAGUCCCAGCUCCCCUCACUCAGUGGUGUGGCGCAGAAGAAUUACAUGAACAUUCUGGAGAGAGUGGUACAGAAAGUUCUUGAUGACCAGCAGAACGUCCGUCCAAUCAAAGAGCUGCUGCAGACGCUGUACAUCUCACUGUGCAGUCUGGUUCAGGACAUGGGCAAGUCGGUUCUGGUGGGCAACAUCAACAUCUGGGUUCAUCGCAUGGAGAACAUCCUGCAGUGGCAGCAGCAGCUGGACAAUAUCCAGAUCAACAGGCCUGCAUCGUCUGGUAUGAGUCUGACUGACCUUCCUGCCAGCCUGCAGCUCAACAUCAUGCAGUGCCUGUCAGAUGGCAGAGACCUGGUCAGUGUGGGCCAAGUGUGUAGCGAGCUUGGGGCCCUCGCUGAGGACCGGCUGCUGUGGAAGAAACUCUGCCAGUACCACUUCACAGACAGACAGAUCCGGAAGAGACUGAUGGUGUCUGACAAAGGUCAGCUGGAGUGGAAGAAGAUGUACUUUAAGCUGUGCCGCUGCUAUCCACACAGAGAGCAAUACAGCGACACCUUGCACUUCUGCACACACUGUCACAUCCUCUUUUGGAAGGACACAAACCAUCCCUGCACUGCCAACAACCCAGACAGUUGCACCGUGUCGCUUUCUCCUCAAGACUUUAUUAACCUCUUCAAAUUCUGAUUUCCCCCAAAUCCAGAUGAACUGGUUGCACAUACUGUACAUAGAAAUGUGAAAUAUAAUUUUUGUUUAAAAGCCUAUUGAAUUCCUGGAUGUAUAUUUAGUUGAGGUAUGACUGAAGAUGGUUGUGUGGGACAAUUAAGUAUUCAAGUUUUUUUUUGGGAAUGGUACACAGGCCACUGCUGAAAGUGGGUGAAUCAUGUGAUUGUGAAGGAAAAACGUAGGUGCAGUCGUCUUGUCGGUGAAGGAAGAGGAAUGCAGAGGAAAAAGGGAAGUACCGCUGUCGGAGUUCUAGUUUAACACGUUUUUUUUUUUUUUUUUUUAUUAAAAGAAUGAAAGCACACAUUUUGACCUUAGCUAUGUGCACUCGUUUUCCCCACGUUGAAGAAUUUGAUUUGACUUUUUGUUUUUUAAAACCUCACUCUUUGUUUCUAACAUGUGAAGUAGAAACAUUAUUUGAGUUGUUUAAAGUUGAGGCUUGUUUAGUACGACAUUACAAAGACUGUUCAUCCGUCGUAUAGAUUGUGUUUGAUGUUGAGGUGCAAUAAUGGAAUGGAGUAAGUCUUGAAUUGCUGCAGUACCCAAGAGAUGAUGAAUGUAAACAAGGAAGUUGAUGAUUAUUUGACUCAAUUGUGAUCGUUAGUGAUUUGAUAUGUUAACGCACCAUGUUACCUUUUCUAUUUUUUGUUCUUUUUCACUUUUAUAUGAUUUUUAUAGUGUGUUUUUCUGACAUGCAGCAUUACCAAAGGUUGUUAUCAAAGUCUUUAUUACAGUGGUGUGUGCCUUAUCAUGGAACUUGAACCAGUACAGCUCAGUCCUUGUUUGCAUUGUUUUCAGAUACUGAUGCUGUUGUAUUGUCAUUAUCAAAUAUCACAUGUGCAGAGGAGUGAUAUUUAAGGCCCUGACACCAAAGAUGGUGUCAAAGUUUUCUGUGACUUGCAUGAUUUUCUAAGUCACCCAACUGAAACUGUGUUUACGUUUUUAUUUAUUCAGAUUCUGGCAACUUGCACAAUUGGGUUUGAUGGAGACAAUUUUCGUCUGUCAGUGCUCACAGUGAGAAUUGAUGUACAUGCUAUGCCAUGCAUUUUGUUUAUGCUCUGUUGAAUAAGCAAAAUAAAAAUGACCUUAAACCUA